AACUGUGAAACCUUCCCCUCUCUCUUUUUCUCUCCCUAGAAAAGAUAAAUCAUCUGACACAGGAACACACUCUCUUUCUCCUCCUUAAAAAACACCCAAAAACAAUGGCGCUUCUGUCUUCUUUCUUUCAAGCAUAGAAAGAGAAAAAUAACAGUAGUAGCACGACCACAGUCGCCAGCUCCCAAACUGCUACUCAUUUUCCAUUAACUUGGAAAAACAAAUCCCGACCCUUUUUUUUUUCUUUCUUUUUUUAAUCUAUAAAAGGAGGUGUGUUACACACUGUUUUCUUGUCCCCUCCGCGAAAAAGGAGCGAGUACCUAAGCUUGUGGUAGUUUUCAGUUGCAAGUUUGUUUCGGUUUUCUAUCUGCUGUAGAGUGCAUGCUUGUGUUGAUUCAGAGUUCAUUUUGCUCUCUUUUUUUUUUCGGGUUUGCCUGAGAUCCGGUACCCUUUGGGAUUUGUAGCUCCUUUUGCUGAGAUCUGUUUGCUUUUGGAGUUUCUUUGCUUGUUUGGUUGCUGGGUAGCGAUUGGUUUUUCGUGUUGUUGCCAAAUUUGUUGGUGAUAUAAAAAGAAAAGAAAGAAAAGAUACUGGUGAGUUACUUGUUCUUGGUGCUUCAAGCUCUGUAGGAUGAAGUUUUCCGUUGAAGAUUGGAACUUGGGGUGGUGGGGGUUGAGGAGGAUUGCAAGCGAAUGAAGGGUAGGAGUAGAAUAAAUGCUUUUUGUAGUGAGACUGGUAUUGGAUGAAAAUUGAAAAGGUGAGGAUUUCUGAGUUUAUUAGUAUGUCUAUUUGAUGGUUGAAGGAAUUUUAUAUCUUGGGUGGUCGAGUUUUGUUUAGAUUCAAAUUUCUUUUGGUUGUUGAAGGAGUAAAGGUGAAAGAAGAAUGGUAUUGUGGGGUAAGAAAGAAGAGAAAACAGGGAUUGUUGUUUGGUUUGGAGUGAAGGUUGUGGGAAUUUUGUUGCUACUAAAUUGCUCUACUUAAGAGUUUGCUUAAGAUCAUUGCUUUUUGGGACUGCGUCUAAGGUUUGAGAUUGCUGAAACUUUACUGAAAUGAAACUUUCAUCAGCAGGUUUUAGUCCUCCACCCCAAGAAGGAGAAAAGCGAGUUCUAGAUUCAGAACUUUGGCAUGCAUGUGCUGGUCCACUUGUUUCUUUACCAGCUGUUGGAAGCCGUGUAGUAUAUUUUCCACAAGGUCACAGUGAACAGGUUGCUGUGUCUACCAACAGGGAGGUGGAUGGCCAUAUACCAAAUUAUCCAAGCUUACCGCCUCAGCUUAUAUGUCAACUUCAUAACGUGACUAUGCAUGCAGAUAAUGAGACUGAUGAAGUAUAUGCUCAGAUGACUUUGCAACCUCUGAGUCCUCAAGAGCAGAAAGAGGCAUACCUUCCAGCGGAGUUAGGCACUCCAAGUAAACAGCCAACAAACUACUUUUGCAAAAUUCUGACUGCCAGUGACACCAGCACUCAUGGUGGAUUUUCUGUUCCUCGUAGGGCAGCUGAAAAAGUUUUUCCUCCUUUGGACUUUUCACAACAGCCUCCCGCUCAAGAGUUAAUUGCAAGGGAUUUGCAUGGUAAUGAAUGGAAAUUCAGACAUAUCUUCCGAGGUCAGCCUAAAAGGCAUCUACUUACAACUGGAUGGAGUGUCUUUGUGAGUGCUAAAAGGCUUGUUGCUGGUGAUUCAGUUCUGUUUAUCUGGAAUGAAAAGAAUCAAUUGCUUCUUGGCAUUCGGCGUGCUAAUCGUCCUCAACCUGUGAUGCCUUCAUCAGUCUUGUCCAGUGAUAGUAUGCACUUGGGGCUUCUUGCUGCUGCAGCUCAUGCAGCUGCGACUAACAGCCGUUUCACCAUCUUUUAUAACCCAAGAGCUAGCCCAUCGGAAUUUGUUAUACCUUUAGCGAAGUAUGUUAAAGCUGUAUAUCAUACUCGUGUGUCUGUCGGUAUGCGCUUCAGGAUGCUGUUUGAAACAGAGGAAUCUAGUAUUCGUCGAUACAUGGGCACAAUAACUGGAAUUAGUGACCUGGACUCUGUUCGGUGGCCAAAUUCUCAUUGGCGCUCAGUCAAGGUUGGCUGGGAUGAAUCCACAGCAGGAGAGAGGCAACCCCGGGUUUCUUUAUGGGAAAUUGAGCCAUUAACUACAUUUCCAAUGUAUCCAUCUCCAUUCCCCCUUAGGCUCAAGAGACCAUGGCCUCCAGGAAUGCCUUCAUUCAAUGCAGGCUUGAAGGAUGAUGAUUUUGGUUUAAAUUCUUCACUAAUGUGGCUUCGAGACUCAGACAGAGGUCUUCCAUCUCUUAAUUUUCCGGGAAUUGGUGUUAGUCCUUGGAUGCAGCCAAGGCUUGAUCCCUCAAUGGUGAACUAUCAAACAGACGUGUACCAAGCUAUGGCUGCCGCUGCACUUCAGGAUAUGUGGAGUUCAGAUCCUUCCAAACAACAUCCUACUUCCUUACUUCAAUUUCAGCAACCACAGAACUUCCUGAAUAGGACUUCUCCCACAGUGCAGACUCAGAUCUUGCAGCAAUCUCAAUCUCAGCAAUCGUUUCCAAAUAGUCAAGAAAUACCACAUCCAUCUCAAUCUCAGGCUCAGACUCUAACACAUUUUCAGCAGCAUUUGCAGCAUCAGCAUUCAUUCAAUAAUCAGAAUCAGCAUCAUCUUCUACAGCAGCAACAACAGCAGCAACAAUCACAACAACCGCAGCAGCAACAACAGCAACUGCAGCAGCAACAAGUGAUUGAUCAUCAGCAGAUUUCAAGUGCUGUCUCUACAAUGUCUCAGUUUGUUUCAGCACCUCAAUCCCAAUCGCCACCCAUGCAAGCUAUCUCUUCACUGGGACAUCAGCAGAGUUUUUCUGAUUCAAACGGGAACCCUGUAACUAAUGCUAUUGUUUCUCCCCUGCAUAGUAUUUUGGGUUCAUUUCCCCAGGAUGAAACAUCUCACCUUCUCAAUCUUCCUAGAACCUCAUGGGUUCCUGUUCAACCUUCAACUGCAUGGCCACCCUCCAAACGUGUUGCAGUGGAUCCUCUCCUUCCUUCUGGGGCAUCUCAAUGUGUUCUGCCUCAAGUGGAACAGUUAGGGCAACCACAGAGUACCAUGGCUCAAAAUGCAAUUACAUUGCCACCCUUUCCUAGUAGAGAGUGUGCUAUAGAAGGAAGCAGUGAUCCGCAAAAUCAUAUUUUGUUUGGAGUAAAUAUAGAGCCCUCAUCACUGCUAAUGCAUAAUGGGUUGUCAAGCCUCAAGGGAGUUAGCAGCAACUGUGGCCCACCAACUAUACCUUUCCAAUCAUCUAAUUACCUGAACACCACAAGCACUGAUUCUUCAAUGAAUCCUGGAAUGGCACACAAUAUUGGUGAGUCGGGCUUCCUGCAAACCCCAGAAAAUGGAGGGCAAGGAAACCCACCGAUCAAAACCUUUGUAAAGGUUUAUAAGUCAGGGUCCUUUGGAAGAUCAUUGGAUAUUACAAAAUUUACCAGCUACCAUGAGCUACGCGGUGAGCUUGCUCGCAUGUUUGGCCUUGAAGGUGAGUUGGAGGACCCUGUGAGAUCAGGCUGGCAGCUUGUAUUCGUUGACCAAGAGAAUGAUGUUCUUCUCCUCGGUGAUGGCCCAUGGCCGGAAUUUGUAAAUAGUGUAGGGUGCAUCAAGAUACUUUCCCCUCAGGAAGUGCAGCAAAUGGGCAACAAUGGCCUUGAGCUUCUUAACUCAGUCCCAAUCCAAAGGCUCUCUAGUGGCGUGUGUGAUGACUAUGCAGGCCAUGAGGACCCAAGAAGUAUUAGCACUGGGAUAACAACUGUGGGUUCUUUAAACUACUGAUAUGACAGUCAAUACCAUGAAUCUCUUUUCUCACUUGUAUUAUUACUCCUUCUCCACCCUUUGUCAAUGGCAAUGGUGGGAAGUACUGCCUAGUUGUAGUUUAUAGGCUACCUGUUAGCCUUUUGUUUUUGUUUUCAUGUUUUUGCUUCUUAGGACCAUUUAUAAGCUAAACAUGUAACUAUAUGGCAUCUUGUCAAUGUGCUAUCUACAAUAUGUUGAUUACUUGAUCGUUUAGAAGCUCAA